UAGCAUGUAGUGAUAGAAGUUGUUGAGAAUUAACUAUCAGAUGGCAAGAUCUGAAGCAGAGAAGACAAGAAAAAACUACAGAGCCUGAUCUAAAAGGAGAAAGCUAGGAAGACUGAAUUGUCAACAGUGGUAAACUUCUGCUGGGGAUUAGCUCAGGCCAUUGGAUCUUAAUGGGCUAGUUGUGCCUCUGUGGAUUGCCCAGCAAGGAUGGCAUAUCCAGAGAAGUUCCGCUUGAGGAGAUCUUUCAGUGAGCACAUCAGGGUCUCUACCAACAAAGCAUGGGAUGUGUUUUGGAAGAGUGCAAGAGAAAAACGCUUAUCAGAAAUUGAAGCCAAAGAAGCCUGUGACUGGCUGAAGGCAGCUGGUUUUCCCCAGUAUGCUCAGAUGUUUGAAGAUAUGCAGUUCCCUGUUGAUAUAAAAACUGUGAGAAAAGAUCAUGAGUUUUUAGAUCAAGAUGCAAUAGAAUCCCUGUACAGGCGGUUAAAUACACUGAAUAAGUGUGCAGCAAUGAAAGUGGAAAUAAGUCGACAAACAAAGCGGAGUGAUGAAUCUGAAGAAGAUGAGCCUUGUGCAAUAAGUAACAAAUGGACUUAUGAAAAAAGUGCCCAGAGAUGGUCUCCUCUGGAGAGCUUAGAUGGCCCUGGUGCACCAGUUCCUGAUGGUCUGAGACUUAAGAGCAGUGGCAGUGGGGACAUAGUCUUUUCUGAUAAUGGAGAAAGAAAUGACGAGUCUUCAGUUCACAGCACUAGCAGUGGGGACAGUGAUUUAAUCAGCUUUCCAAAGACUUUUGAGGAUGUUGAGACAAGCAGGAGCUCUUCAACAUGUUCCUCCCACAAACUAGCAUCUUCUGACUCUACCUUCAGUUGCUCUCCUUCUCCUAGUGACACCCUGAACGCAACUCGUGAGGACAAGCUCUUGGAUAAACCAUUGCAUAAAAAGGGAAGAUGUUUCCUGAAAAAAAUGGAGAAACUACGCAUAAGAAGCAGCAGUUCGAAGAGGGAAGCGCAUUCAAAGGCUAAACCCACGAUCAGCGAGCCUGUCCUUUUAGAGGGGCUAAAUGAAGAAAAGAUGAGAACCCUCAAUUGUGUGAAUAUUUGUGAUGUGACUGAGGGUCAGGGGAUGCAGCCCUGUUCUUAUUCACCACAGACCUGCAGUAGCGGCAGCCAGUCUGAAAACAGUAGCACUGUGAGCACCCCAAGCCCUGUUAUUAAAGUAAGGAGGCACAGUAAAAGAGACAUUUGUGCUGAAAACUUUGAUUCCAGAAAGCUGUCAUUGUGGAAUGAUUUUUCAGAGCAUAACUUCAAAAAUGAAAUGCAUUUGCAUGAGAACAAAGUAUUUCAAGUGCCACAAGGCCAUAAGCCUGGGACUUUCCCCAAAGCACUCACCUAUAGCCUCUUAUCUCCCAUAGACAACACAUCAGUGAACUGGAGGACUGGGAGUUUCCAUGGGUGCCGGAGGAACAGGGUUCAGACAGCGCCUCAGGAGACUGAAAUGCUGCCUGGCUCUCUUUCAUUGGUGGACAACAGACUGAGUGUUUAUGACAAUGUGCCUGGCAUUCCUGUUCAUCUGAACAAAAUGGACGCUUCAGAGCUUGACGAUGAUGACGUUUUUACAGAACUAGACAGUGUUAUGGAACAUGUUAAUGGGCUAAGGAAACUAGUCAGUCAGUGGACAGAGAAAUUCUUUGAUGAUGGAGACUCGGACUCUGCCAGUCAUUCCAAUUGCUCCACUUCUCCAUGCCCAUCUUCCCCGAAGGAGAUUCAUCUUGAGAUUAAAAAACAUUCAGAGGGGAGACUAAAAGAAUUGCCAGUUACAGAUGGUGAAGAAGACUGCAGGCAUGUUGAUGAACAUGGUCUCACAGAGUUGGCGUAUGUAAGGCAAUCAGUGAUGAGACUGACACCGGCACAUUCCCUCAGAUGUGUGAGGAGACACUGGCCUACUGAAGAAUGCACAAGUUUGGGAAAUUUCUCUCUACUAAUUGACAGUCAGUCAGCAGCUCGCCUAAACCGAAUACAAAAACUUGCUUUGUUAAAACUGACUACUUUAAUGGACAGAUAUUCUCCUUCCAGCAAGCAAGGAUGGAACUGGACUGUUCCGAAGUUCAUUAGAAAAAUAAAAGCCCCUGAUUAUAAAGAUAAAAAUGUAUUUGGAGUACCUUUACUGUUAAAUGUCCAGAGAAUGAGUCAUCCAGUUCCAAGGAGCAUACUCCAAGCUAUGGACUACUUAAGAGACAAUUUUCUUGAUCAGGUUGGCCUCUUCCGAAAAUCUGGUGUGAAAUCUAGGAUCCUCUCUUUGAGAGAAAUGAAUGAAAAUGACCCAAACAACGUAAUUUAUGAGGGGCAGUCAGCAUUUGAUGUGGCUGACAUGGUAAAGCAGUAUUUCAGAGACCUUCCAGAACCUAUAUUCACUAGCAAGCUCUGUGAAUCUUUUCUCCACAUCUACCAGUAUCUGCCAAAAGAGCAGCAGUUUUGUGCUGUCCAAGCUGCUGUUCUUCUGCUUCCAGAUGAAAAUCGUGAAGCUUUGAAAAUUCUGCUGCUCUUUCUGAGAGAAGUAGUGGCUUUUGUGAAGGAAAAUCAGAUGACUCCAACCAAUGUUGCUGUCUGUCUUGCACCAUCUUUGUUUCACCUUAAUACCUUGAGGAGAGAGAGUUCCUCCUCAUCUAGGUCCAGCCAGAGGAAAUAUAGUACUGGCAAGCCUGACCAAAGAGAUCUGAGUGAAAACCUGGCUGCAACGCAAGGCCUGGCCCAUAUGAUAAUGGAGUGCAACAGACUCUUUCAGAUGCCUGACUACUACUUUGAUCAGGGUUAUGAAGAUUUGUACGAUCAAAGUAUCUCCAGUGAAGUAGCUCCACAUCAGUACUGCUUAUCAAAGCACUCUAGCACAGUGACUUCUCUGGAACACUCCAUGCAGGACUUGCUCAGAGAUGCCAAGGAGAAAUUCAAAAGCUGGGCUCCUUGCUCCAUCAUGGAAGGAGUAGACUCAGGACAUAAAAAGGUGGAUGAUAACUACCAUGUCCGGUUAUGGAAAGCUUCUGUUGAAAUUGAUGCUGUCCCUAAAGUGGUUCUACACCGUGUACUGAUGGAGCAGCACCUAUGGGAGCCAAGUCUCCAGCAGGCAAAGGUCCUAGAGAUCUUAGAUGAUGAAACAGAUAUUUACCACUAUACAACAGAAAGCAUGUCUCCACUUCCUCCACGGGACUAUGUCGUCUUGAGGACUUGGCGUACUGAUCCUCAAAGUGGCACUUGUAUAUUAGCAGCUACCUCGAUCGACAGUGAAGGUGCUAUUGUGAGUGGGAUCUUAGCUAACGUCCUGCUGUGUCAGUACCUUAUAGAAGUGGUUGGCACCCACAAAUCCAAAGUGACGCAUCUUUGUCGAAUAGACACCAGGGGCCGGACACCAGAAUGGUACAAGAAGGCUUUUGGUCACAUAUGUGCUGCAGAACUGAUAAGGAUUAAAGAUUCCUUCAAAACAUCACCAUACUGAAACUGAUCCUCAAAAAAUGGCCACAUGACACUUUACUGCAAUUCAUGGUGCCUUUUCUACCCUCCAAAACUUGAGCUUAAGUUGACUAGACUAUUACAAUCUGAUCAACUAAGAGCUAUACAUGAAUGUUAAAUAGCAUUUUAUUAUCAGUUAAUGUUGGUCAGUAGAAGCAUAAGCUUUAUGUACCGUUCUUAAGGAUGCUGGUUUGUAUUAAAAUUUUAUACCAAGAAAAUUAUGAAGUAUUUACCUAUCAAAGUUAAAUUAUUUACCAUUAACAGAUUUGUGUUUUAAAUAUAUCACAUGUAUAAAUGUGGAGAUUUUUAACUUUUUUCAGAAGUUUUAACUACUAAUUUGGAGCCAUGAACUUUACUGUCUCUAAGUUCAGAAAGCUUCCCAGCUAUUGUGCUGGUUUCUGGUUUUUAAUAUUUUAAUCAGCUUAUAAGACACUGUGUGCUAUUGGUCUUAUGUUGGAACCAUACACUUGACCUCUACUUAGACUGCCUUGUACAUUACUGUAUAUUUUAUAUAGGAAUGUAUGGACUGUUUUAAAAGCACAAUCUAGACCAAUAUUCAGUGGACAUGUUAAAUGGGAAAUGCUUUAAGUUAUAAGGAAAACCUCUUUGAAAUAUUCUCUGCAGGGUAGUUGCACAAGGAGUUAUAUAGCAUGUGCUAUGUCCACAAUCGUACCUACUUUUGAAACUCAAGAGGACUGCUGAAGGUGAGGGAGCUGCAGAAGCCUUGCUUUUCAACUGCAGUAGUACUAGGAGUAAAGAACUUGGGUUGGAGAAUUGGAGAUAUUGACAAGUACUUAUGCUACUUCAGUGUCAGUAAAUGCAAUUGCUUUCCUUUUCUUUGUUUAAACUGACUGUGAUAUAACUUACCAAUCACUUCAUGGUUGAUGAAUGGCACUAUUCUGGCCAUUCACUAAUGAUAGGAUUGUUAAAGAUUACACUAUACUAUGGAAGCAGUCCACUUUGUCGCCUUUCACUUAGCUUUAUCUAGUCAAGCUCUACAACUGGACUUGGUCCAACCUAAUUUUUGCUGGACUGAAUGAGGUAUAAAGCUAAAAUCUUAGUUUUACUAUGCAGCAUAAUGGAAAGGUUUAACCAAGCAGCCAAGGUAUGGACUAUAUUUUUCAGGGUAGUGAGUGAUACUGCAGCAGAUUUUACUUCGUGGGCAAGGGAAGCACAAAAACCAACCAGCCUUGGUGUGGUAUAUAUGGGGUUGAUACAGAGAGGCUUUGGAGGGUAUUAUUCUCAGGUGGUGUGAUAUUACAGAUAAAACAUAUGCAAAAGUUUUCAGAUACUGCCACCACUUAAGGUGCUUGCUGCAGCUAUUAUGCACAGCCAACAGUUGUGGCCACUAGCACUAUUUAAGCAGCAGGAUGAGAGAAUGAACCAGUACUUAAUUUUGGGGCUUCUGUAUAUUACUAGUACUAGACAAACUAAUGCAAUUUUACCAUCAUUACUUUGCACAUACAGAAGGAAAUCUGAUACAAAGUGACCAUUCCAGCACUUGAAUUCUUAUACACAGGAAAAGGAAACUGAAUUACAAAUUUGAGCUCUGGUGGCUAGCCUGCAGUUUAAGAAAAAUCUAUAAAAAACCAAAAAGACAUAAUAUAUUCAUACAUACUAUUGGUACUUAGCUUUUAAUAUGUAUUGCUGUAUGAUACUUUUAAGCCUGUACCUUCCAUUUGUAUUUGCCAAAUGUUUUACUGUUUGCUAGUGUAAACAACUAUGAAAUGGUUAAAACAUUAGCUUGGACAAUAUGCCUUUAAUAAAAACGGAAAGCACUCAAA